UCACACAGCCCGAUGUUGAGCAAUGCUACUUUGGUCAUUUUUUAUGUUUCCUUAGCAACUGGAUUAUGAAGUUCUAUAAGGGGAUACUGACCAUGGUGACCAACACAAACAACCAGAGCAAACGAUCGGAGGAGGCUGAGCUGAGCUCAAGGCAGAAAGAGAAGUAAAGGUGCUGUAAAGCGACUAGUAUAAACACCGACUUAAUACUACCGCAGUAUGUUUUAUUUUCUGGUUCUGUACGUUGGGGGAAAAGAAACACCAUGCGGUGUUUUGUUUUUGUUUUUUUUUAUCUACACAGAUGUUGAAAACUGACAUCCUAAUGUGAAAUGCCUUAAUAUUUUGCAAACCUGUAAGGGUGGCGCUCGGCUGAUCUUAACUAAUAAUAUACAGCAAAGUGGAAUUAUACGUGUAGUUAAAACAAAUCUAAUUUGUCUGGUUACCGUUCAUUUUCAAUGGGAGAUUGGUACUGUUGCGAGAAAAGGACACUUGCUUCUCUCAUCACCUUUGCCUGAAUGGCGCUGCGUGUUCCUCGUUGUUCGAUCUCUGUUGACACAGCGCCAACCAUGCAAAUGCCGUUUGUGGGAAUGUCAGUGUUGUUGAUUAAAAUGCUCCCGACUAACCUGAAGCGCUCUUCUUUUUCAUGGACGGCAAGGGUCGAGUCCCGCUGCAUGCUGUUGCUGCACAUUUUUGCGCUAAAAACUAUUGAAAAUAUUAUUGAGCACACGUGAUCAACAGAGUUUAUUUGUGGAGCUGUUGUAGUUAUCCCGAUACACAUUUUCUCUUCAAUUAAUCAAAAAUAAUUACAACAUUUUUCUUAACCGAAAAGAAGCAUAUCGUGCUUUUUUGUGGACCUAUGAACUUCAAGAAUCAGUAUGUGACAUUAUUUUGCACACCAGUAACUUCCCAUUUGAUUCAGGGAGUAAACGAAAGAAGCAAGAGGAGAGGAGAGAGGGUCGAAUUGAUGGGGUUGUGAUUUGUAACGAUUUCACCACUAGUCCCUGCCUACUACUCGCUCUUUCAGCCACUCAAAAGACUCUCGCCUUCACCAGUGAUUUCUUUCAAUCUUCUUAAAGCAUAAUCCAGCUCCUCUGAGCGAAUAUCAAAGGCAUCAAAUGUCGAAGAAAAGGAAAACUCCCGAUUAUGCAUUUGAAUUCACAAACGAGGAUGCCUUGCCGGGCGCUGUCGUCAGCGAUCAAGGUCUGACCGAUGAAAAAGUAAAGGCCUACCUUUCCCUUCACCCGCAGGUAUUGGAUGAGUUUGUGUCGGAAAGUGUGAGUGCCGAAACAGUGGACAAAUGGCUGAAGAGGAAGAACAGCAGACACGAAGGAGCUGCGGCUUUCUCUGGGAGACGAGACGCUUCAGCUUCGCUUCAGCCCCACUCUGGCAGUCGAACCUGGGGUGAGCCCAUUCCCUCUUCCCCUCGCCCGACCUUCUCUCUUUCUGGCACUUUGUUUGCUUAUGACUCCACCGUUAAGGAGGUCAGCAGGUAUCAGGACACAGACAUGCAAGGAGUUGUGUACGAGUUGAACAGUUACAUGGAGCAGCGGCUGGAAACAGGAGGCGACAACAAAUUGCUCCUCUACGAGUUGUGUAACAUCAUCAAAACAGCGACUAAAGCAGAUGGAUUUGCACUUUACUUUCUGGGAGAAUGCAACAAUAGUCUGUGUUUAUUUACACCAACGGGAGCAAAGGAAGGGCUGCCAAGGCUCAUCCCCUCCGGUCCCAUUGCUUUUGGAACCACAAUCGCAGCACAUGUAGCCAAGACUAGAAAAACACUGUUGGUGGAUGACAUCCUGGUGGAUGAGCGCUUUCCCAAAGGCACUGGACUGGACUCAGGGACUCGUAUCCAGUCCGUUCUUUGUUUACCGAUCCUCACUGCUAUUGGGGAUCUCAUCGGGAUCCUGGAGUUGUAUCGAAACUGGGGAAAGGACCCCUUCAGUCUCAGCCACCAGGAGGUUGCAACAGCAACUUUAGCCUGGGCUUCUGUGGCUGUACACCAAGUCCAGGUGUGCAGAGGUCUUGCCAAACAAACUGAGCUCAAUGACUUCCUGCUUGACGUCUCUAAAACUUACUUUGAUAACAUAGUGGCAAUAGAUUCUCUACUUGAACAUAUUAUGAUAUAUGCAAAAAACUUGGUGAACGCAGACCGAUGUGCUCUCUUCCAAGUUGACCACAACAAUAAGGAGCUUUACUCCGACUUGUUUGAUAUUGGGGAGGUAAAUGAAGGGAAGCCAGUCUUUAGGAAAACCAAAGAAAUUAGGUUUUCUAUAGAAAAAGGAAUAGCGGGACAAGUGGCGCGAACAGGUGAAGUCCUAAAUAUUCCCGAUGCCUAUGCAGACCCACGCUUCAACAGAGAAGUGGACCUUUACACAGGCUACACAACCCGGAAUAUCCUGUGCAUGCCUAUCGUCAGCCGGGGGACAGUUAUAGGUGUUGUACAGAUGGUGAACAAAUUAAGCGGAAGUGCCUUCACUAAAACAGACGAGAACAACUUUAAAAUGUUUGCAGUCUUUUGUGCUUUGGCCUUACACUGUGCUAAUAUGUACCACAGGAUACGACAUUCAGAGUGUAUUUACCGAGUGACUAUGGAGAAACUCUCUUAUCACAGCAUCUGUACUUCAGAGGAGUGGAAGAAUCUCACAACUCUGACACUUCCUGUUCCCAUGUAUAAAGAGAUAGAGCUAUUUCACUUUGAUAUCAGCCCUUUUGAGGAACUUUGGCCAGGCAUAUUUGUCUACAUGGUUCAUAAUGUUUGUGGAAAAAACAGCUUUGAACUUGAGAAGCUGUGCCGAUUUACCAUGUCAGUGAGGAAGAACUACCGUCGCGUUCCCUAUCACAACUGGAAACAUGCAGUUACUGUAGCACACUGCAUGUAUGCCAUCCUGCAGAAGAACGAGGGGCUCUUCACAGAACUGGAGCGAAAAGGACUCCUGGUGGCUUGUUUGUGUCAUGACCUGGACCACAGGGGCUACAGUAACAGCUACCUGCAGAAGUUCGAUCACCCGCUGGCCGCUCUCUACUCCACCUCCACCAUGGAGCAGCAUCACUUCUCCCAGACAGUCUCCAUCCUGCAGCUGGAAGGGCACAAUAUUUUCUCCAACCUGACAUCAAAUGAGUAUGAGCAGGUGCUGGAGAUCAUUCGAAAAGCCAUUAUCGCCACCGACCUCGCACUGUACUUCGGCAACAGGAAACAGCUGGUAGAGCUACUGAGCUUGAGGGCGCUGGAUCUCAACAACCACGUGCACAGGGAUCGUGUGAUUGGCUUGAUGAUGACUGCAUGUGACCUGUGCUCUGUCACAAAGUUGUGGCCGGUUACCAAGCUGACUGCUAACGAUAUAUAUGCAGAAUUCUGGGCUGAGGGUGAUGAAAUGAAGAAGAUAGGCAUGCAGCCCAUUCCUAUGAUGGACAGGGACAAGAAAGAUGAAGUGCCACAGGGUCAGGUUGGUUUCUACAAUGCUGUUGCAAUCCCUUGUUACACUACACUGUCAGAACUAUUUCCUGCAUCCAGUCCCCUUCUGCAAGCCUGCGGGGAUAACCUCAGUCAGUGGGAACAGCUGUCUGUCAGAGAGGACGCGUCGGUGUGGAUUCCCUCCCAGUCUGUAGCCUCGGAAUCUGCGCAGACCAUUCCUGUGAAUAUCGACAAUUAACUAACGGGAGAGUCCGGUAGCCCCCGUUCUAAAUGCCAGGCUGCGAACGCAGGGAAACAAGACACUGACAAGCAAGGUGGUUUAAAGAAAGAACACAUUCAAAUCCAGUUACCUCAUUGAGUGAGUCUUUGGACUGAAGGCAUCACCGGGAAUAUGACAUUAGGAGCUGUGAAGAAAUAGAAGAUAGAGGCUAAUGAUCUGAUCACCUGAACCAUACUGCUUGUGAAUAUGGCAGAUUGGAUUAUUUUUUUUAUUUUUUUUUGCGGUCUGCAUUUGCUGAUGCCUUAAUUUGAACCCCUAAACCAAGAUAGGUCCUUACUUUUAAGCCUAGCUUUGAAGUUUUAGGGUUAAACUCAUUGAAAUGGUACUUUUUUUCAUACUGGGUUUGGCAGUGCUAAUGGGACAGUUUGUGUAUGAGACUGAAUGUUUGUGGAAGACUAAACACCCCUCCUGGUCUCAAGGUUGGAACUGCUAUCUAAAGGAAAAUAUCAAAACAGUACUUGAAUGCAGUCUAUUCUUGCUACAGAUGGCAACAAAAAAAACCCUUAACAAAAUUACCUUCCAGGUGCAUGAUAUUUUAAAACAUGUUGGUCCUGGUGAAGCUGCUUGUCACCGGUGUAUCGUACCUAACAGCAAAGUUUCUAAACAUAUUUUCUUUUCUUUUUGUUAUUGGGACCAUGCAGUUUUAUUACCUGUAUCUUUAACAUCCGUGUUCAAGGUGAAACAUGGUAUUCCUCAGCACAUGUUCUUGAAUCGUUUGCAUGGGUUUUGAGCUCUGAUGGGUUGGGUAAAUGAAAGUGAUAUCUUAGUAAACCUUUUGCACCAAUGUAGCAUGGGCAGGUGUUACAGUAAGGUGCUAACUCUGUAUUCAGAGGCUUAUUAUUCAAGGGAACCAGUUAUAAGGUGGUAUGGUCAUGGCUCCCAUUUGUCCUAUAAUACAGUUUCAUGAGCCUGCUUGGGGAGGAGAUCUUAGUAGCUCCAGUCCUGCUCGACUGCCUGAUAAAACCAUGUAGUUUAUAAACAUCACAUCUGAUUUCAUGCAGUGUGUUGCAUUAGACAACAAUGUCAUGCUGACCCCUAGAGGUAAUUUUCUUUCCUCCCUUUUCACAAAGAUAGCUUCUUUAUACUACUCUUCUGGAACCUAUAAAGGACAUUGUUUGUGCUCCAAAGUGUAAUUUAAUGCAAUGCUUUUUCAUGCAUGGGAUAUCAAAUAAAUAUAAAGCAAAACAAACUGGAAUUUAGUAGCAUUGAUACCUGGUUGUACCUGCUGUGGAAGCUGUGUCAAGUAUCAUAUGUAUAUAUGGCAAUGGCACGGGAUUGCUUCACUAUGUCGGUCUCCUCAGUAUAAAGUUGUACCUAACUGAUAUAGUCUCAUAGGGCGAGCACUGUUUGGGCCAUGGGGUAACAAAGGGGUAAAAUGAAAGCCAAUCUUUAUUGCUGGUAGUCUUGAAUAUGUGCAUUUCCUAUGUAAGAACAAAGCACUAUUGUAUAUUGGUGCACACAUAGAGAACAAAUGGGUACAAUCAUAUGUCCAAAGCUUGGGGUAGGUUUUUUCACAUGAAAAAGUGAUUCAGGGUAGACUAUCCUUGAUGAAUCCUUGAUUCCUACUAUUUAAAAAACAACAACAACAAAAUAACUGAUAAAGCUGUAAGAUUCUUCUUUUUUUGUAUAAAAUAUAUAUGCAAGUGCAAUAAUUUCAAGAUGUCUUAACUUCACAUUUAUAAAUUAUAAAUAUUGUAUAUGUUGCGUGAGUUUUUUUCAUGUAUUCAUUUGCAGUCUUUGUAUUUAAAAAAAAAAUACUUGUGUUUGUACUAUAGAACAUUGAAACCAUUUAUUAUAAUACAGUUGUAAAUAAAUGCACAAACCAAACCGCCACAAUGCUUUUGCAUUCAUGUGUCUUAUUUUAUUUACU